CCUGGCACUUUGUCUUUUACUAAACCUUACGACCUCUAUUCCCAGUCACCUUGUUUGUCUGGGAAAUUUUCCACUCGUUUGAAGUACUACUUCGGUUGGUGCUUAGCUGAAAUGUUGGGAAUCUGUGCGGGCAACGGUUACACGGGAAUCGAUCCUGAGACUCACUCGACUCUCUGGCUGAAUGUUCACAACUUCGAUUUCUUCCAAGUGGAAACCGCACCCAAUUUGAAGCUGCUUAUUGACGCUUGGAACAUUGGAACCGUCCGUUGGCUUCGUGAAGUUGUCUAUCUUCGAGCUCCCUUGAAGUUCCGGACGGUGUUUGUGUUUCUGGUCUCAGCUUUUUGGCAUGGACUCUAUCCUGGUUACUACCUCAUGUUUCUCUCCUUCGCACUCUUUACUCAUACUUCUCGUGCUUGGAGAAGGAAUUUCCGUCCUUUGGUCUUAUCUGCCGACUCCGCAACUGUUCAAUGCAUCUAUGAUAUCUUCACCCUCGUUGUCACCCACUUUGUCAUGGAGUAUGCUCAAGCCCCCUUCCAUCUACUCAGUUUCUUCCCCUCUAUCAAAGUGUGGUUGAAGUUCUACUUCAGAAUGGCUUCAAAAAGACCCCAGAAAAGUUCUUCAAAUGGCCGAUCAAGAGUUGUUAGCUCGGAAAGUGAAAGGGCCCAACCAUUGGUGGCUAAUCAUGAAUGUUGUGAUUAG